GAUACAAACUCCUUACCUCUAAAACUCUAUGAUCAAGGGGCUGGUUACUCUGAUUACACAGUAUUUUUCAUUUUGCAAUUCGUAUCGAGUAGGAACAUGGUGGCUGGCUACGCUGUGGAACAUCUCUGGCGCACCUCGAAGACUGAUUUUCAGGUCAGGGGAAUUCGUGUAGUUACUGACCGACAUGUUAGUCAAUAGUUCAACGAGUCUAGGAGCCUGGUCAGGACCCUAAAGAGCUCACGGAGGAUACCCCUCCUCAUGCUGACGAUGAUUCCAAUUCCAUGCGAAUACUUGCACUCUACUAUAAUCCAGUCUCUAAUACUGGGCAUCGAUUCAAUUGCUUGAUUGCAAAAGCUUGUGGACGCAAGAACUAUGGCUAAUUCGAAUGAAGGGAGACACACGAUCCAUGGUCUCUUCACGGCCAUGGCCUCGUGCCACCCCAAUGCUGCUGCCAUUGAAUUCGAGUCCUCGGUCGCAGUCAGCUAUCACGACCUGUCCCGUCAGUCAGACCGACUGGCCGCGGUGCUGGCACCGAUAAUUGAGCACGGCCAGCUCGUCCCGGUCCUGCUGCCUCGAUGUCCGCUUCAGAUUACCGUGAUUCUUGCGCUGAGUCGUCUCGGAGCAGUUUAUGUGCCCUUGGAUCCGCACCUCCCCUCUGAACGUCUACAUGCCAUGUUGACUCGCCUCGAUCCCCCGGUUGUGAUGACCAACGUUGUUCCUUCCACUCCCGCCUCAUGGUAUGAAGCCUUUGAACGCUGCGUUGUCGAUCCCUCGAGUUGUAUGAAAACAGAAGGAUCCGAUGGCCAGCCUCCCCGGCGAACCGUCAACGCCGAUGAUAUUGCCGCGAUACUGUUCACAUCAGGGAGUACAGGGCUACCAAAAGGCGUUCUUCUGACCCAUCGCAACCUCAUUGACCCCGUGGUGGCCCUGGGGCGAUUGGAAUCCAUGGCAGCGGGGUCACGAAUCUUCCAGUUUGCCUCUUGCUCGUUCGACGUUCAUAUGAUUGACAUUCUAGGCGCCCUGAUUCAUGGCGCAUGCAUCUGCCAGGUGUCGCAGGAGAAAAUGCUCGACCGGUUGUCCGACUGGAUCCAAACCAUGCAGGCAGACACCAUCCAUCUGACCCCCACUGUGCUGGCCACCAUGAAGCCUGAAGAAGUGCCCUCCCUGCGAUAUGUGGUGACGUGCGGAGAACCGGUGUCUGCCGAAGUUGUAUCCGCCUGGGCACCCAGGGUUGUGUUGCGAAACCUCUAUGGCCCGUGUGAAGCCUCCUCGAUAGUCUCGCAGCCCCUGUCUCCGAAUGUCGCGCUGGCCAACGUCGGCCAAGCCUCACCACAUGCCCGGAUAACCAUCUUGGAUCCCAUCUCGCGCCAACCGGUGGCGGCUGGCCACCCCGGAGAGAUCUUUGCGGCAGGAACCAGCGUGGCCGCUGGGUACUGGCAGGAUCCUGAGAACACUGCCCGGAGCUUCUUCGUUCAGCAGCACGAGAGCCAAGGCUUUACUCUCACUCCAACUUGUCAGCCAAAAGCCGGCGAGCCGGCAUGGUACGCCACGGGCGAUCUGGGCUACCUGGCCGUUAAUGGGGAUUUGUAUCUGAUGGGCCGAGCCGAUAGACAGGUCAAGGUGAACGGCCAACGCGUGGAGCUCGGGGAAAUCGAGAAAUCGACAGUGGAUCAGUCCCUGCUUCCAACCCAAGGGCAGGGUGUGUUGAUCGUGGGAACCCAUCACUCGGGCGAGGGUGCGGUUCUGGUCGCCUUCGUUGGCGAGCGCGAGUCGUCCAGCGAGGAGAAAUCCCCCCGUGUACUACCCUUAGACAACCAGAGCCGCAUCAAGCAGUUGAAUAUUCUUCGUGACCGAGUAUCCGACGCCCUGCCGGCUGCCAUGGUUCCUCGAUAUUGGAUCCCCAUCUCCCCAAUGCCCCGCGGAGUCACGGGCAAGGCGAACCGGCCCCUACUCAAACAGUGGUUCGGAGAUUUACAGCAGACUGAUACCGCCGAGCAAUAUGCAUCUCUGGUCAGUCGGGAAUGCGAGCACCCGCAAGAUAGAACUUCCAGUUUGAUGGAUUCACUGCGCGAGUGCUGGGCCACUGUUCUUCCUGCAGCCGCAGGCGUUUCUGCGGAUAGUUCCUUCUUCAAGACCGGCGGAGAUAGUAUCACGGCCAUUCGCUUCUGCUCUCAGGCUCGCCAUCGCGGGGUCCAGGGCUGCAGUGUGCGUCUGAUGAUGGCCCAUCCCACGCUCGCCGGAUUGACAAGGGUCUUGACUCCGUUGCAGAUGGAGACAAAGGGCGAAGAAAGCAGAAUUGCUACAGCGACAGUGACCAAGGAAAGCUCGGUGGAACAAGCCAGGGAAGACCCGAUGGACUGGUUACGCCGACAUUAUCCAGGCUACAACGAGAGCAUGCCCAAGCGUCUGUUGGAUGCCGUGAAUGCUCAGUGCCACGAUCAAGAGUCCAAUGCUGUUGACAAGAUCUACUCACCGAGUGCCAUGCAGCAGACGAUGCUCGCACAGUCACUCAUCGAUCCAGAGCUCUAUGCCACCCAGUUGCUGCUGCGUUUCACCGGACCGUUGGACGUUGCUCGUCUUCAAGACGCCUGGACUAGUGUGUGCCAGGCCCAUCCCUCUCUGCGGACCUGCUACAUCUCCCUUUCUAAUGGUCCUCUGGAGUUUUUCGCUGUCGAAAGGAGGUCUGCAAGCUCCACCACUCAUUUCUGGGUGACCGAACGUGUCCCCCUGACGGAUGAUGAACUCGAGAAGGAGCUACUGACAAUCCGAAAGUCCGCAUUAUCGAUCUACCAGAGAACGAGUGCUCUCACCAUCUUCUCCCUCGCAACCGAAGAGCAUCUCGCUGUUCUAACCUGCCAUCACGCCGUGGUGGAUGGUUGGUCACUAAAGCAACUUCUAUCAGAUUUCGCCAACGCGUACCAGAAUCAGCAGCCUCUUGAUCCUGGCCAUUCGUUCUCCAUUUUCUCGGCAGCUCUUCAAUCGCGAGACAACAGCAAGGCUGUGGAAUUCUGGUCUCAGUAUGUCGCCGGCGGCCAGUCGGCCUCUCUCGUGCAGGACGGGGGGUGCCAAGCUGUCUCAGGUCAAAGGAGGAGCUGUCAACUUGAACAUCGACUGAGCUGCUCGACAGCUCAGGCCUUGCGCGAUGCCGCAAUGCAGCAUGGGACAACACCGGCGAUUCUCUUCCAAGCCGCAUUGGGCGUGUCGCUUGCUCGCCUCACGGGAACAACCACGCCAUUAUUCUGGGUGACCUCAAAUGGCCGCGACCCAGACAUACCGGAUGCUCUGUCGACGAUUGGCAACUUUAUCAAUGCAGUCCCCUGCCUCGUCCCAACCUCUAAGAACUGCAGUGUUCGUCGCUUGCUGCAUUACCUUCACAGAAUCUCGGGUCAGGCUGCAUCCCAUUCCUGGCUGCCGGCGUCGAGUAUCCUCCCUUCGCUGCCAGACGACUCCCAAGUCAUUGACACGAUACUGAUACUUGAGAAUCACG